GAGACAAGAAGGCGGACGGUCGCGCUGAGGAGGGAGAGGCCGCCGGGGGAAGAGCUCACCUUUUUUCACUUUUCUUGGUGCUUUUCGGACAGAAUCAUGGAGGAGGAGUGCGCAAUAGUGGGUGAGGUGGGCAAGAAGGGGUUUGGAAGCCCACCCUUAAAGAAACUUAAGCAGAGUCGUCUGCCUUUUGCACCUCUGGAUUCCAAGACCCCACAGAAGAAUUCAAGCCCCAACAAUCAGAAGAAACGGAAACUGUCAGGCUCUGAACUCUCUCAGAACUCGCCCAAGACUCCUCGCAGUGAAAACAACUCAAUGAGCGAAACCCCAGUGACAGAGAGGACGUUGCAAACACCAAAGUCAGUCGGAAGUGCCACCAAAGACAAGUCAAAGCAAGGGGUGACACCCACUGAAUCGUCUAAAAAGAGGGGGAGAGGAAGACCUCCGAAGAGUGAAAAGGAAAAGGAAGAGAGCAAGAAAGCAAAGCAAGCUAGCUACCAAAUGACCUCCGAUGAUGAAGUGAGUUCCAGUGUCGAUGACGACAUUGACGUACCUGAAGCGAAGAAGAAACCGGUCGAGAAAACGAGGAAGCUACUGUCUGCCUUCAUGAGCAAGGAGCCAACCCAGCAGGCAGAGGUCACUACUUCUACGGACGAUGUGGACAAAGAUGAAAUGGAACAGGAAGACAAGGAGAACAAAGAAUGUACCAGUGAGGAGGAGAGUGGGAGAGGGGAGAUGGAGAUAACCUCAAAGGAUGACAGUCCCGAGGAAGAGGUUGCUGAGAGUGGAGCUGAUGCAGCUAGCAAAGAGGAGGAAAAACCUGUGGAAAAUGCACCAAAAGAUGAUAGUGCAAAUGAGGAAGAGAGUAAAAAGAGCAGCAAGAAAACCUCACCAUUAAUUAAUAUGCUCAAAGCAAAGAAAACUAGCAAUGUUGCAAAGAAGGCAAUGGCUGCUCAGGAAAAGGCAGUGGAAGGAAAAUCAGAGAAAGAGGAAAAGGUAGAGGAUAAAUUGGAAAAGGAAGAUAAGACGGAGGAGAAACCAGUGGGAGCCAAGAAAGGAAGUAAACCAAAAAUAAUCAAAGCAGAAGGGAAGAAGGGAAAAACAGAAGGAAAGAAGAAGGAAAAGUUAGGAGGGAAGAAGAAAGAAAAGUUAGCAGAGAAGUUAGAAAAGAAGGAAACUGAAGAAAAGCAGACUAAAGAUAAGAAAGAAGAGACUGAGAGCAAAGAAGUUUUAGAAAAGAAAGAAGAGGUAGAAGUGAAGAAAACAAAUGAAACAGAACCAAAGGAGAAUCAGGAAAGUGAAGAGAAAGGUGUUGAAAAGGGAGGAAAAAAGCUGAAAAAGAAGGGCAAGGAAUUAGAAACCAAAGCAGAAUUCAAAAAGGCUAGCAAAGAAGAAGUACAGACAGAUGACAAAACAGACGAAAAAGAAGAGGAAGCUGAAAUGAAAAAGAAACCAGAGGAUGGAGACAGUGAUUCCAUCAAGGAAGAAAAGGACGAAAAUGAAGGAAAUGAGAACAAGGAAGAAAAAGAAAAUGAGGAAGGAAGUGAGAACAUGGAGGAGAAAGAAGAUGAGGAAGAAGAUGAAAUCAAGGGAGAGAAGGAAGAAAAUGACGAUGGAUGUGAGAGUACGGAGGAGAUGGAAGUCGACUUGGAUGCCAGUGGAUCCUCAAAGAGCGACGGCACAGGUUCGGCCAACACCUCACCAGUCCCGUCAUCCAAAAGCUCUGAUAAGCUCGAGGUACCCAAGGCUUCGGGGCAGAAGACGCCAGUCAGUGUACAGAAGGCAAAGAAGCUCACUCCAAAGCAGAUGGCCAAGGAAGCAGAGAGGCAGCAAAAGAGGGAUGAGAGAGAGAGGUUGAGGAAAGAAAGGGAGAAGAAGAAGCAGGAGGAACUGGCUGAGAAGGAGAGGGUCAGGAAGCAAAAGGAGGAAGAGAGGCAGAAGGCAAAAGAGGAGAAGGAGAAGGCCAAAGAGGAGCUGAAAAGGAAGAGACAAGAAGAAAUUGAAGCAAAAAAACAGAAGAAAGAAGAGGAACAGCAGUUAAAAGAAGUCGAGAGGAUGAUAAGAGAAGAGGAGGCACGGCUAGCACAGGAAGAAAAACAAAAGCAGAAAGACAAACUGAAGCACAAGUUUGCCAGUUUCUUUGUUGCCAAGAAGAGAGACCCAGAGGAGGCUGAGGAAAAGAGCAGCAAUGGGAACUUCAAGGAAUUUAGGGUAAAGGAAGACAUGCAGCUUGCUCCACUAGUCCGUACAAAUUUCACAGAAGAGCGUCGGACAUCUCUUGUUGAGUAUUUAACCAAACAAACAAAAGAUUCGUCUGAAACCUACUUGACUGUUCUCAAAACAGGAACUUAUGCACCUUGCAAAUCUCGACGCACUUGGCCUUUUGAGAACAAGAAGGAAGAAGUCGAUGAUGAUAUUGAAAUUAUUGAAGAUGAAGAUGGGGAUAUGGAUGCUGGAGACUCAAUGGUUCAGGAAGCAGAACCAGAUCUGAAUAGCAAGACAGUUAAGGCCAAGCUGCUACAGUUUUGUGAAAAUCGCAGACCAGCAUAUUGGGGAACCUGGAGCAAGAAGAGCAAAAACAUCUGUGCACGACGGCCGUUUGCAAGAGAUGAUAUUUUCAACUAUGAGUACGACAGCGAUGACGAUUGGGAGGAAGAAGAAACGGGAGAGAGCCUGAGUGACUCUGAAGGAGAGGAGAAAGAGGAAGAGGAGGGAGAUCAGUAUGAAGUUGAUAAUGACUUCUUUGUCCCUCAUGGCUACCUCUCGGAUGAUGAGGGCAAGUCUGACCAAGAGGAAGAGGAAGAGAAUGGACAGGAAGAGGAUAAUGGAAGCAAACACAAAGAGCAGCUGAAACAAAAACAAGCAGAAUUUGAAGAGGAAAUGAAAAAGAAGACAAAGCAUCUGAAGCCCCGUGUAAUUGGUUCUCUAUGGAUGGCAGAUGCAAACAAUAAUCCAGCUUUCAAUCAACUCCUGAAGAUCCUGAAUCCACACAAAGCAGUGACCUUAGGAACCAGCCUUCCCAUUGGCACUCGUCACGGUGGAGUAAUUCCCAAGGACACAAAGGAACAGAAAGAUGAUGAUGAUGGGUCAGCUGAAGACAAGGGAAAUACUAAAAAGUUUUGCAAGACUUUCCCUGAAGAAGCUGUGCCUGCUCUCAUCAAGCUCCUCCAUGGAAAUCGCAAUGGGAAGGUUUUCCUUUCCCGUGAGUUUUCUGACUUUUGGCGAAGACUGCAAGCGGGAGAACUGGAUGAGGAACAGUUGGAGGGCAUUCCAAUGCUUUCUUCUCCCGUUCAAGCCAACAUGUUUUUGGCCCGGAAAAAAGUGGAAUCCAAAAUCCAGGAACUGGGCCACUGGCGUAAAUGUCCAGAGGAAGGCCCCUUCAACAAGGUCAUGAUGUGGUAUGUCUCAAAGCAAGUGCGAGAAGAGCAUGGUGUUGCGGAUAUAACUGUGCCAAAUUCUUGGAAUUUUAUUAAUAAACCUAAGGAAAAGCGGGAGGUGAAUUUUGAAGACCCAGACACCAUGGAAGAAAGCAAAUCCAACAAGGCUGGAAAACUGACUCCCAUCACAGCAUUCACCAAGAAACUACCAACAACCCCAUCCUCAGCAAAUACCUCCCCUACCUCCACACCAGCUACAACACCUCAAACCCUGAAGUCAAGUGAAGGAUCUCCAAGCAGCGCAUCACCUGCACCAGUGACUCCAAGUAGAAGUGCCGAGAGUCCUCCCAACAGCACAGGGGACACGCCGUCAGGAAAAUCAGGGACUCCUGGACAGCCAAAGAAAAAAGUGGCUCUCUUCUCUGUUCCUCGCAAUCAAGAGAUAACAGAUGCCCAGAAAGCAUCCUUUGUGUCUUUCUUUAAGAAGAAUGCAGAAAAAUCGCCUGCGCCCACUAAGUCAGAUUCUUCAAAAGACAAAUCCAGUGAAAAGACCAGUGAGCCAGAUCCUAAAAACGAUGACGAUGAUGACAUUCAGUGCAUAACAUUAGAGUAGUUUUUUUUUAUUAUUUUUAUAUUUGGCACUAACCUAUAGUAUUUUUUAAGGGAUAUUUUAUAAUUUUAUUUUGGUUUUCUCAAUAUAUUGCUAUUUUAAAGUUUAUGGUAAUUACAAUAAAAAUAAGAACCAAUUUUUGUGGGAGCUAUUUGUUAAAUAAGUAUUUAAAAUUCUCCAGUGUUUAUAUUUUUCAUGGAAUUUUUAAUAAAGUAGCAGAAUCAUUGUUACUUAAUCCUUUUCUGUAGAAUCAAACUGCAAUAUGAUUGAAUUUACUCUGAAAAAAAAUUAGAUAUACCUAAUAUAUAGUAUAUAGUUUCCAUUUUUAAUACAAUUAUUGUAAAAAAGAAAAUUAGUUUUCUUAAACCUUUCAAAAGUAUUCCAGCUAUGGAUUAGUACACCUACUUUAAGACCUUCCUAUAUCCCAGAUGACAAUAUUUCUAUAAAAUUAUCAAUCUCCUAGUCGGCUUUAUUUCACUGGAACAGAUGUUGGGAGACAGCUCUCACCUAUAUAACACACUCCUAUC